AUGGUUGGCAAGCGUAGCCUAGGCGAGGCCGCCGCCGAGUCUCGCGCCCACGACGCCCGACCAGGACACCGUCGCCGCAAGACGUCCUACAACCUCGAGUACGGGGCUCAUUCUGCCCCCGGCGACAAUCACGCACCCAUCAAGCCCAGCAUCCUCCGCUUCCGAGAUGCCGCUCGCACGGCUCUUGAGGACGCCCGACGGGAGGAGCUCAAAGCCUCCCUUCUCAACGGCCUCGACACCUCGCACCUGGAGCGAUUCCGCAAGCACCCCGACGAGCUGGGACGCAUCAAGAGCAAGCCGCUUCGCAGGUUCUACGAGCGGCAGAACGAAAUGCUCAACGACUGGCUCGAGGUGGAUGCCGUGGUCACGGCCAUCGCGGACGACGUGCUCGAAUCGAUGAACCCCGAUCCCGAUCACGACGGGGACCAGGAGCGCGUGGGCGGCCUUCAGCACGUGGCGGGCCGCAUCGGCGAGCUGCUGCCCGACGACGAAAAGGCGCGCCGGAGGGAGGCGGCGAGGCAGGCCUCGGUGGCAAUCAACACCAACGUCGUCGCCAAUCUCGUCCUGCUGGCCGGCAAGGCCUUUGCGGUGUUCACCACGGGCUCCCUGUCGCUCCUGGCGUCGCUGGUCGAUUCUGCGCUCGAUUUGCUCUGCACGCUCAUCAUCUGGUCCACGAAUCGGAUCGUGCUGUGGAGACUGAGCGCUCUGCGGAAGCGAUUCCCGGUGGGGAAGCGACGCCUGGAGCCGAUGGGCAUACUGGUCUUUUCCAUCAUCAUGGUCAUCUCGUUUCUGCAGAUUCUGCAGGAGUCGGUGCAGAGGCUGAUGCCUCCCCGUGCGGAGAUUGAAGCCUUGUCCACGGCGGCGAUUGUCUCGCUGGUGGCCACCAUUGCGAUCAAGGGCAUCAUCGGGCUCGGCUGCCUGCCGAUCAAGACGACGCAGGUCCGGGCUUUGGUGCAGGACUGCAAAACAGACGUCAUAUUCAACGCGCUGUCGCUGCUGUUUCCGCUUGUCGGACACCGAGCGGGCGUGUGGUGGCUCGACUCGGUGGGCGCGGCGCUGCUCUCCCUCUUCAUCAUCUGCGACUGGGGACGUACCUGCUUCGAGAACAUUGUGCGGCUUUCGGGCGAGGCUGCGGACGAGAGAGUGUACAGGAAGCUCACGUUCCUGGCCUACCGAUUCUCUCCCGUGGUGCGAGGAAUCAAGAGCAUCACCGCGUAUCAUGCUGGGGAUGGUGUGUGGGCAGAAUUCGACCUUUUGCUGGACGAGCACACGAGGCUCAACAGAUCCCACGACAUCUCCGAGACGCUGCAGUACUGUGCCGAGGGGCUGGCCGAGGUGGACAGGGCUUUUGUUGCGACAGACUAUGCCAUGAUUGGACCUACGGGACACGCCGAGGAUUCGGAAUGGAACCAUUGA